AUGACACACUCUAAGAAUGCCGUCAAAGCGCCCAGUAUGUCUAGUGGUGUUACGGUAUGUGUAUCUUCUCCACGGUUCCACCCCUUAGACAGAAAGUCUAGAGCACAGCCCUGUAGUCACAUCAGUCUUCAUGCAAACAGCCAUGUUUUGGUUGAGUGGACUGGAACCCUGCAGUGUUUUUACAUGAGGCGUGAGUGAGACGGAUAGUUUGUGGAGCGGAGCCUGCACUGGUGGUUGAGUGUUUAGAGUUUAAAAUUGAGCUGACUGGCUUGUCCCUUGGGAGUAGAGGGAGGGAGGGAGGGAGGGAGGGAGGGAGGGAGGGAGGGAGGGAGGGAGGGAGGGAGGGGAUGAGAUGAGAUGAGGGGAGGUUAAGCAUCCCAGGUCACUGGAGCAGAUUUAGGGUGUGCUUAGGAAAGAAUCAGUCCGCUCUUGGCUCGGUGCUCUUCCGCUCUCAACGCCUUUCCCAGCCUCCAACCUAUUAAAGCAUUCCUCGCAUAUUUUAGCUUUACUUUCCACAUAUCCAACGUGAUUCCUUCAGUGCUUUCUGCUUCACUCUUUACUCUUAACUUCCCUCCUUCUCGCUCUUUCUCACUCGCUUUCUUUUUUUCUAACUUUUUUUCUCAUUUCGUCUCUCCUUUCUGAGUAUCUGUCACCUCUCACUUUCUGUCCACCCUUACGGAAAAACGGCAUGAAUUUCACAUGAUCACGUGUUCCAAAAACACAUGUUUUCAUGUGUUCACAUGAUCUUAUGUGAAGUUAAUGUGAUAACAUAAUAAUAAUAAUAAUAACAUAAUAACAUGUGACAACAUGUAAAGCAACAUGCGAUAACAUGUAACUACACAUGUGAAAACAUGAUCACGUGAAGUGUUCCAAAAACAAGUUUUCACAUGAUUUCACGUUUUUCUGUAAAGGCAUCCCUACUGUGAGUGUAGGUGGUGUCUCCUGUAAUUGCUACUUGAAAACGCUCCAAACUGUUGAGGCUAGCCUGUCAUUGAUUCUACACACUCCAUAAAGCACACCCUCCCCUCUCUGAUAUGACAAUUAGCCGCUAUAAGAUCUAUGAAGUGGGGCUUGUAGCACGCAAAUAAAGGGAUUCAUUCAUUGUGGAAAAAAGGAGAGUACAGUACUUCACUGGUUCAGGCUUUUCAGUUCCCUUUUCCCAUUUAGGCCUGCUAUAUACUACGGAGACAUAUUUUAAAUAUUGAUCCAUGCCUUUAAAUUUAGAUCGCUGGGUUGUAAAGUUCACUGAUAAACCCACUCUGGUCAUUAGUGCUUGUCUACUUGUACCAGAGCUCAGGUAUUGACUUACAGUGGAGUCGUGUGAUACCGCUAUAUAAUAAGACAUGACCGCCUGCAGCUGAAUACUGUAACACACCACAAUAUACCUACCAAUCUCUCUAUUUAGGACAUGCAUAAUCUGGGUUUGCUCUCCAAUCCAAGGUGUGAUUUAUAGUACAAGAGUCUCAGGGCUAUGUAUUGGAAGCACUUUCUCAGAGUACACACACUAACGCCAAGGCUGUAAGGUAGAUAGAAGAGAUGGGAGUCCAUGGCAUCCGUAAUAAGGAACAAAAGCAUUCGAAUUUCCAGAGUAUCUGAGCAAUGACAAGUAUGAGCCGUGUCAUUGACAUGCUAAGCAUCUCAGCCCGGAGUAUAGGGUCAAUCUCUUUGUUUACCCAGAGCCUGAUGCUGCAUCGCACACAUUCCACCCGCCUGCCUCCCUGCCUGCCUGCCUAGUCCCUGUUUCCUGUCUCUUCUCCUCUGUCUGUCGGGCCCCUGUUCUCCUCUCUAUCAGCACAAUAUCACUCCUCAAUAAGAAUUUCUAAAGACUUGAGGCAUCAUUGAUUCUCCCAGUGAUUUGUUAUCGAAGCGGCCCCUCACUGGUCAUUCUGAAGACAGUGCCACCGCCUCUCCUCCAUCUCAGACCCUAAAUGACUUCUUAAUGGCUUUAUUUAGGAAAUUACCUGGCUAAAUGUCCAGGGUCCGGUCUGUGGGAAUGGACAAAUUAAUGGCUGUGUGUAAAUCCUGCUGGAGUGGAUGGGUAUUGUAGUAAAUACAUUGUAUUUACAGUAUAGCCUAUUACACUGUAAUAAAUACAGUAUAGCCUAUUACACUGUAAUGUUAAGGAAUGCUAUACAGUAGGCUGGGGCUACAGUUAAACUAAGGGCCACAGACUAUGUGGUCCUCUGUAGCUCAAUUGGUAGAGCAUGGCGCUUGUAACGCCAGGGUAGUGGGUUCGAUCCCCGGGAUCACCCAUACGUAAAAAUGUAUGCACACAUGACUGUAAGUCGCUUUGGAUAAAAGCGUCUGCUAAAUGGCAUAUUAUUAUAUUAUUAUUAUUAUUAUUAUAUUAUUAUAAAGGCUAGCUCUGUUCACUGAAUUGACUCCACCACAGUCAUUUGUCAUAAUUAGGAAAACACUUCUCUGGAACUGUACGCUGCGUUUGCCCCUGGACGUCUACUGUAUCUGCUUAGCUUGUUGUCCCAUGAAGUCCUAGAGCCCUCAGUUUCUAAUUAUGCUAAUUGAAUGUGUGAAGCCUGGCAUUUAGUCAUACACUAUUAAUAUAUAGACACAAUGGAAUCUCUGGUAAUACCGACUCAUUAUAAUACCACUUCUACUCUUUAUUCUCCUCCACAUGUAUUUCUCUCUCCUCCUCCUCUCUCAUCCCCUCUCUCCUCUCCUCUGACCUCCUUUCUUCUGCCUGUGACUCUCUCCUCUCCUCUGACCCCCUUUCUUCUGCCUGUGACUCUCUCCUCUCCUCUGACCCCCUUUCUUCUGCCUGUGACUCUCUCCUCUCCUCUGACCUCCUUUCUUCUGCCUGUGACUCUCUCCUCUCCUCUGACCUCCUUUCUUCUGCCUGUGACUCUCUCCUCUCCUCUGACCUCCUUUCUUCUGCCUGUGACUCUCUCCUCUCCUCUGACCUCAUUUCUUCUGCCUGUGACUCUCUCCUCUCCUCUGACCCCCUUUCUUCUGCCUGUGACUCUCUCCUCUCCUCUGACCCCCUUUCUUCUGCCUGUGACUCUCUCCUCUCCUCUGACCCCCUUUCUUCUGCCUGUGACUCUCUCCUCUCCUCUGACAUCCUUUCUUCUGCCUGUGACUCUCUCCUCUCCUCUGACCUCCUUUCUUCUGCCUGUGACUCUCUCCUCUCCUCUGACCCCCUUUUUUCUGCCUGUGACUCUCUCCUCUCCUCUGACCUCCUUUCUUCUGCCUAUGACUCUCUCCUCUCUCAUCCUCCUCUAAUUUUGUGGUUUGGGUGUUGAGCAAUUAGUGUUAUGGGCCUUCUCUUGUUCUGACAUCAAUGAGAGGAAUUUGAGCAAUGCCCCGUUAAGAUGAGAUAUCCUGAUAAAGUUCAUUAUAAAGAUGACUAGAUGGCUCUACAAUGGGUACUUGUGCUGAGGAGAGAAAGGCAGAGUGUGGGGAGUGUGUGAAAGUGCCUUUAUUUGCAUUUGUGUCAUGGAAUGCCCUUGUAACCACAUUAAAAUAUGAAAAGGGUUUUGAAUAAAGAAAUCCAACCUUGAAGAUUCAAACGUGAUAAUACCUACAGCACUACACCACUGAAUAAUACCCACUCAUUCAGUCAUGUGUGUUUGUGCUGUCAGCCACUGUGACUGACAGCAUUUCCCUUUAUUGAUUUUCAAAACUAAUUAUUGACAGUGUAAACUGUAAUAAUGUAAAAAGCUAAAUAAGUGUAAUCCUUACAAAUAUUUUUGAAUAGUUCAUGUUUUGUUCCUCGGUGACAUACAGUACCAGUCAAAAGUUUGGACACACCUACUCAUUCAAGGGUUUUUCUUUAUUUUUACUAUUUUCUACAUUGUAUAAUAAUAGUGAAGACAUCAAAACUAUGAAAUAACACAUAUGGAAUCAUGUAGUAACCAAAAAAGUGUUAAACAUAUCAAAAUAUAUUUUAUAUUUGUGAUUCUUCAAAAAGCCACCCUUUGCCUUGAUGACAGCUUUGCACACUCUUGGCAUUCUCUCAACCAGCUUCACCUGGAAUGCUUUUCCAACAGUCUUGAAGGAGUUCCCAUAUAUGCUGAGCACUUGUUGGCUGCUUUUCCUUUACUCUGCGGUCCGACUCAUCCCAAACCAUCUCAAUUGGGUUGAGGUCAGGGGAUUGUGGAGGCCAGGUCAUCUGAUGCAGCACUCCAUCACUCUCCUUCUUGGUAAAAUAGCCCGUACACAGCCUGGAGGUGUGUUGGGUCAUUGUCCUGUUGAAAAACAAAUGAUAGUCCCACUAAGCCCAAACCAGAUGGGAUGGCGUAUCGCUGCAAAAUGCUGUGGUAGCCAUGCUGGUUAAGUGUGCCUUGAAUUCAAAAUAAAUCACAGACAGUGUCACCAGCAAAGCAUCCCCACACCAUAACACCUCCUUCUCCAUGCUUUACGGUGGGAAAUGCACAUGCAGAGAUAAUCCGUUUACCCACACCGCGUCUCACAAAAACACAGUGGUUGCAAUCCAAAAAUCUCAAAUUUGGACUCCAGACCAAAGGACACAUUUCCACCGAUCUAAUGUCCAUUGCUCGUGUUUCUUGGCCCAAGCAAGUCUCUUCUUAUUAUUGGUGUCCUUUAGUAGUGGUUUCUUUGCAGAAAUUCGACCAUGAAGGCCUGAUUCACACAGUCCCCUCUGAACAGUUAAUGUUGAGAUGUGUCUGUUACUUGAACUCUAUGAAGCAUUUAUUUGGGUUGCAAUUUCUGAGGCUGGUAACUCUAAUGAACUUAUCCUCUGCAGCAGAGGUAACUCUGGGUCUUCCAUUCCUGUGGUGGUCCUCAUGAGAGCCAGUUUCAUCAUAGCUCUUGAUGGUUUUUGCGACUGCACUUGAAGAAACGUUCAAAGUUCUUGAAAUGUUCCGUAUUGACUGACCUUCAUGUCUUAAAGUAGUGAUGGACUGUCGUUUCUCUUUGCUUAUUUGGGCUGUUCUUGCCAUAAUAUGGACUUGGUCUUUUACCAAAUAGGGCUAUCUUCUGUAUACCACCCCUACCUUGUCACAACAAAACUGAUUGGCUCAAACGCAUUAAGAAGGAAAUAAAUUCCACAAGUUAACUUUUAAGAAGGCACACCUGUUAAUUAAAAUGCAUUCCAGGUGACUACCUCAUGAAGCUGGUUGAGAGAAUGCCAAGAGUUUGCAAAGCUGUCAUCAAGGCAAAGGGUGGCUAUUUGAAGAAUCUCAAAUAUAAAAUAUAUUUUGAUUUGUUUAAUACUUUUGUGGUUACUACAUGAUUCCAUAUGUGUUAUUUCAUAGUGUUGAUGUCUUCACUAUUAUUCUACAAUGUAGAAAAUAGUAAAAAUAAAGAAAAACCCUUGAAUGAGUCCAAACUUUUGACUGGUAGUGCAUAUUUAUAAACAUCCUCAUGCUGAGAUUUUAUGUGAAAAGAACAGAAGCAUAAUCAUCCAGGAAGAGAGGCAGAUGGACACAAUGAUAAGCAUGGAGAGUGCUCUUUCCGUCAUCCACAAUACAGAGCCACUACAUAGCGUAAUAUACCUUCAGCACUAAGAGCUGCUCUGCUCUAAUCUCUUCUGUUCUGGGAGGCGGUUUGAGGUUUAUGACAACAGUCAAUAGCAAUACCCAAGGCUUUCCUCCUCCAAAGUACAGGAGGGAUUUUCUCGAUGGAUUGAGUGUGCUAACUUAAUUUGGCUAUCGUUUGUAUUUCCAUGUGCAUUACAUCCUCUCCCAUCCUCUCAUUGUGGCUCAGGCUGCUGUAGUACGGCUUCAUAAAAAAUACCUGCCGUUUAGUCACCUGCCAGAGAUGUGAUUUGCGUUGACGGCAAGGAUUUAAUUUGAGUAAACAGUCGCCUGACACACCUAACUCCUCUCUCUCUCUCUCUCUCUCUCUCUCUCUCUCUCUCUCUCUCUCUCUCUCUUUUUCUCUCUCUCUCCUCUCCCUGUCUCUUUUUUCUCUCUCACUCCCUUCUGCCUUGUCUCUCUCUUUCUUCCUGUCUCUCCCGCUUUCCUGCCUCCUUAUCUCUCUUCCUGUCUCUCCCGCUUUCUUUUUCACCCCCUCUGUCUCUCUCUAUCUACUGCCCUCUUGUUGUAAACCACCCUCCCUCCACUGUGUCUCAUGUGUCAUUGGGCUCCUGUGGUCUGAUCUCUUCUCGUGUUCAGGCUGUUCAGGCUGACUGUGCACUUCUCUUCUCCAUCAGUGAGUGGCUUCAUCUCUGUCUCACUCUCUACAUUUUUCUGUCCGGCUGGAGGGAGAGAGAUGUUGUGGGAAUGCAGAAAAGGUGCCUGCUUUGUCAGGACGGUCAGUCAGUGUGUGUAGUGCAUUGUAGUCUGAGCUGGUCACACUAGGUGUGUGUACUACUCUGUCACUGUUACGGCUUUAUCUGACUGAUCACAGUCUCUCUGUCUCUCUUUAUCUUCACAGAGCCUGUGUUCUACUGCUGCCAUGGUGACCCUGGCCCCACCCUUCUUCCUGCUGUUUUGGCUCCUCCGAUUGGCCAGCACUGCGUUUCCGGAGGAACCGGGGCCUCUGAACUUUAUCCCCACUGAAGGUAACAUCUCUCUCACACACAGGGUGUAGAGUAUUGGGUCAGUGUCAGGGUCUAACAUGGAAGGUGUCAGGAACAGGGUCAGAAAGAGUCAGGGCAUCACAUGCAGAGUGUGGAGUAGUGUGAGGAGUGGGGUCAGGGCUGACAUGCAUAGUGUGAGGAGUAGGGCGUCAGUGAGUUGUGUGGGUGUGAGAUCAUAGUCAGGGUUGAGGUCAGGCUGCUCCCACAGAGGGCCAGACUCUGAGCCUCUAUUAUAUAAGGGCAGUCUCCAGACCAGAACAUAGUUGGCCAUGAUUGACCACAACUCAAUAGUAUCGACCAAGACCUCCCAGCUGAAUUCAGACCCUUCUCAGGCUAUCAAUGCUAAGAUGUAGGACCUGAAGGCUCUCUGAAGUCCUGUAGGGUUGUGGAUUAGGGCAGAUAAUGGACCUAUACUUGGAGGCAACAGUCUCAGCAUAUAUGUGAUGGGUCAAUGGGGAACAGAGAUGGACAGAAUAGUCAUAGGAUAGGACACAGAAGGAGGAGAGAUCAUCCUUUACUUAGUCCUAUAGAAGGAAGCAACAGCAUAGGCUUAUCUGAGAUGGGUGGAUAGGGAACAGAGAUGGACAGAAUAGUGGGAGGUCACAGAAGAAGAAGGAGGAGGGCACUCUAUCACUUACUCCAGUCAAGGCCAAUAAGAGAUGGCAGCAUUAGACAGUUUCCCAUGGUAACUCAGCUGAUGUAUGGUUCCCUCUCCCCUGUGUUCUCCCUCUGCUCUCUCCCCUCUCUGUUCACCCCCCCUACUACUGCAUGAUAAGAAAAUUAUGUAACUCCCUCUUUUUCUCUCUCUUCUCCUCUCUCUCAUCCCUUUCUCUCCUCCUUCUCUCUCUCAUCCCUCUCUCUUAUCUUCUGUCUCUCUUUUUCUCUCUCCCUCACUGCUCUAUCCUUCUUCUCUCUCUCUCACCCUUCUCUCUCAUCCUCUGACUCUCUCUCUCUCUCUAAACAGUGGUCCGGCAGUACCCAGUGUUUCUGGGUCGGCCACAUCGUUCAGCCCUGAGACAGGAGACACUGCAUAUUCAGAGAGUUCUCAAGGUGAACCGGACCCUCUACAUUGGAGCCAGGUAUAUUUCUAGCCACAAACAUAAAUGUAUUCAUCAGAUUUGAGCCACGAGCAUUAAUGUAUUUAUUCAGCCAUCUUUUAUAAUCCUGCGUACAUUGUCUGUGUAUCGUAAAUCACAUAUGAAAGUAAAUGCUAUUGAAUCUGAAUACAUUUGUAUCAAAUUAAUCUCAAAGCACGCAAAGGACAUUAUCUGAGCUAGUUGUGGCCGUGGCUAUAGAAGUGAGAGCUUGACCCCCACCCACAGAGUGUCGAUCAGGCCAGGCUGGGUAGAGCCAGCCAGAAGGCUUAAUGUGCUGAUCCUGGUUAGACAUUAGUCUGUGGUGGGUGGGGUUGGACCAGAGGGCACACAGGUGUGGAAGUUUGUUCAAUUACAUCUGUCGUCUUGUCUGCCCUUUCCAACCAGAAAUAAAAAACACAAAUCAAUCUUCUUCUAAUACUCUAAAAUAUGAAUGAUGAUGUCACAGACUAGCUUAAUAUUACUGGGAACUUAUUAAAAAAGACUUCAAUGUCCAUGUAGGGCAGACAUAUGGUGGUGGUUACAGCAGACUAGCUAGCUAAACCAUAGACAUCCCCAAUAAGGAGCCCCAUACUGUGUCAGGAAAUGACCCGGUCCAUGGCCUUUGGCCUUUCUCUAACCUCAAAUCCAGAGGCCUGAUAAUAAAUAAUUAUGUCAAAUCCUGCAGCGUUUGGCUCCAGCCAUUCUGACUACACAGCCUAGUAAUAAAACCCAGAGCCUGAAGACAGGAGGCCUGUAGUCACCGCUGCCUGUCUGACUGCAGGUUAGUGAUCAAAUAUAACCACAACCAGGAAACUCAUGUUUUAGUGCCACUGUUACAUGAUAGAAAAGGUAAACUAAUGCCUAUGUCUCAGUGAACCGGAUGAUAGUGAAAUCCAAUAGCCAGAGCUAGUGGGAGCCAGAGCUAGUGUGUGUGUGUGUGUGUGUUGUGCAUGUGUGUGCAUGCGUCCGUGUGUCUGUGUGUCUGUGUGUAUAAAUGUUGAGCCGGGCUGCCAAAAGCCAAGCAGAUAGACUUAAAAGAGCAAAGGUGCCUGAGUACCUGUGGGGAGGCAGGGCCGAUUGGCUGAAAGCUGCAGCAGAGUGGCUGGACUGAUAAGAGGCUCCAGUGAGCCCAAAUCCUGUCACCAUUAGCUUAGGUGUUCAUACCGCAACGACUAUUAAAGCCCUGCCCCAAGCCCCAAGCACCUGGUGGGGAGCUUCUGUCACUCUGUCCUCUCCCUACUGGCUGGCCACAGAUGGAGAGAGAGGGAGGGAGAGUGGGGGGGGGGGGGGGGACUAAUGAGCAACACCGUAGCUCCCCAACUGUCCCUCUAUUAGGCCCUGUGGAGCCAGAGAAAGUACACACACCUAGUCGCCAGGCGUUGGAACCGGUUCAGAACAGAAAACCUAGACAUUUUUUAUCAAGGUACACAAUCAGAACCGGGAAUGAAAGUGAUCUAUACUGUUCCGGAACAGAACCGUUAUUUUAAAAGCAUGGGAACUGGUUAAUAACGUUAUUUUAUAUCGUGGGCAACAAAGCGCCUAUGCAAAGCCCUCCCUCUGUCAAGGCUAGUAAGGGAUACUAUAGUUAUCACAUUUCACAUUGGAUUUAUUAACUACAAAAUGGUAAGGCGUGUUUUUAGUUCUGGUGCUGCUCUUCACACACAAGCUUGUUAGCUAGCUAGCUACUGUGGUCCAACAUUAAGCCAACUCUGACAUUCAAAGUUCCUCCAUAGAAGCCCCUCCGUAGGUAUAAUUCUGUGGGCCUAAUUCAGAUAAUGCAUGUCAUAACAAGGUGCCCAGCGCUUCAAGCCUCCUCCUCAACCCUCUCUUGCUCUCUCUCUACUGUAUUAGCUCACGCUCCAGUGCUCUCCUCUCUAUAAGUAGAUGUGUGGACUCCCUGGACCUGUCACACAGCUCCAGAUCCACUGGACUAAUCCACAGAAAUAAACCAAUUGAGUAGUGCUUAUCCCAAAAGGAGAGAGGCUACCAAGGAACAUGGCAAUACAUGAUUAAUUGGUUCCAAUUAUGGUAAACCGUAAGAAGAUUUUGCCAUCUGGAGCAGGAGAGAGGGAGUAGAAUCUAUCUCUCCAUUAGAGGCUGAAGAGUGAGAGUGAGCAGAGUCGCUGCCAGACCAGACCAUCCGCUGGCCACAGAGAGAUGCAGACCUCAGAGGUCACAGGGGGAUCAUCUACGUGACAUAUAGAUGAACAGUCUCCACAGACGCUUCAGAAUAGAGCCGUCUUGGGUCUGGCUACAGAUUCCACUCAGCUGUAGGGAGUGACAUAGCAAACAGGAAGUAGCAUGCAGACAGAGGGACAUAGCGACAGAGUCACUCAGUCAGCACAGGGAGGGUCAGGGUCACUGAUUGGUCAGAAACUUCUCCUUUUCAGUUUCAUCUAUUUGUGUGGCGUUCUCUGCAAAGUCAUUGUCUGACGGCUCAGAAAGACUCAGAGAAGCUCAGUGUCUGACGGCUCAGAAAGACUCAGAGAAGCUCAGUGUCUGAACGGCCCAAAAAAGGCAUUUAAGAAUAAAACAAAAUGUUGUCCACUUUAGACAGUUCACAGGGUUGUUGCCUAUAAAUACGGAUGGCAACCCACACACGUAUAUAUUCUGUUAACUCAAUUUGCAGGUCUGCAAAUGCCAGUCGGAGGAAUUAUGAGUGGUUGUCAGGGAGAUCGACGGCCUAGCCUGCCUUGUGAACAUCCUGCAACAUAAACUAUGUAAAAUGCAACAGUAAAGCAGAGAAAUCACUCAAACAGCCUGAAGGAGACCAGAGAGGCAGAACAAUAUCAACUGGCCUCUUCAAACCACAGCAGCCUUGGCUGCUGGCUACACCCACUAGGAGGCCUGUUCACAUUUUCAUAUGUUAAUACUGGACAGGGCUGAAGUGCUCUGGAUGCGAUUACGCCACACUCACUGCCCUACUUGAUUGUUUGUAGGCUGCUUAAACUUUGACCCAGCCAAAUGAGCAAGGCACAAAGUAAGUGUAUGGUAAUUCUACCCACAUCACUUAACCACCGUCCUGUAUUGUGAGGGAGGUAACCUAGGGAGGGAAUCUUUUAACAAACCUAGAGGAGCCACCAGUGAAUAAUUCAGUAGAGGAGCGCUUAGGCUUACCAUGUUCCCCUCACCAAAGACACUCACAUGCACGCACACACACACACAUGCACACACACUCUGACACACACAGACAGAGCCUGCCUUCUGCUGAGGAGUAAGGCAGAGCAGCACAGAUGGAAGGCAGAGCUAGAUCUAGGAGAUAAGAUCGAUACUGCUGCAAUUACAUAGCUUUGGCAUAUUUACAGAUUAGAACAUUCAAAGCCUGGUGUCUGAAAGGAGCUUGGCAUAACCAGAGCCUCUCCAGUUUAUUUGCCAGAGAUACAGGACCUUGAUCAAUAUGCAACAUCAGCUGUUAGCAUCUUCCUUAAGGCUCCUGCCCUAACUCAGAUUCUAAAGGCACUUUCACAGGCACGGCAAGGUUAUACAAGAAUUAUGAACGUAUUAGCAGUGAGUAGCAUGAAUGCAUGGUAUUAUAUGAUGAGACCUCUCAUUGGCAUUGUGUGCUGUCUGUGUGGGGGUGCGUUAUGAACGCAGGCAAACUUCUUGAUUAAAUCAUCCAUUAAUUCAAUUUCUUCUGAAGUGAGACAAUUCAGGCCUCCCAGCAAAACCAACUUUACUGCAAGUGAACUCAAAUGAGACCCAAACUAAACCAAGGGGAAAAACAAGUGCCCAUUAUGCAAUUCAAAAUGUGUAUUUAUCAACCAUAGCCUGAAAUGUAUCCCAUUAUACAGAGCUGUUUUAUUCAGAUAUAUUGUAAAUUGUUACAUAGUUAUAGCCCACAGAUGUCAUAGCCUACAGUGCAUGAACAGACAAAAAAGAUUCUUACAUUUUUGGUUCUCAAACAUUUAAUCUUCUCCAACCAUUAUUCUGUAGCAUGUCCAGAAUUGCCCAUAAGACAGUAGAGUAUUUCUAGUGCCAUUAUGUGUGAGAGCAUGUGGAGUGCAGUUGAGUGCCUGUCUAAGACUUAGCUAACUUUGUCUUGCUGUUGGCUGACUGCCAUGCUCUUUGUCUGUCAGGGAUGACCUUUUCCGCGUGGAGCUGGACAAUGUGGCAGGAGAAGAGAUGUUCUACAGUAAGGUGAGGCCCUCUCCAUGCACACACACCUCAUUAACAUCUUAGAGUACUGUCUAACCAGCUUAACUGACACUGUUGGAAUGCCAAUGUCUGUCUGUUAUAGAAGAGAACAUGGGAGUCCAACAAAAACGACAUCAGGACGUGCAGGAUGAAGGGCAAGCACGAGGUGAGCUGGGGAAUGCAUGAUCGCACACACAAACACACACUUUCAGGGUUGCACACACACACACACUGAAACAUGGCACAGGCCCCACCUUAUCACCUGGUGCCAGGCAUUCAUGGUGCCAACGGUUUGACUGGCAUCCUGCUGGCUCUACUUAGCGGAGGAGCCACAACCAUGUGCCACCCCCAGUGUUCCUGAUCACCUAAACCAUGACACACUUCAGAGGUCCAGCCCUCCCACCCACCCCCUUUAUAAACAUGGCCGCCUCGCAGGACAUUACAGUUGUGGUGUGUGCCCUCACAAAAUGGAAGGGGGGGGACAAGGAGGUUGAGAUGUAGCGAAGAAUGGACAGUGAAACAGUCCUCACAGUCAACCCAAUCCAAGCAUGACUACCUCAGCUAUCUCUCACACAUCCACUCUCCCUCCUCUGCACUUCUCUCGCCCCCACCAACACACAGCGGGCGGAUCAGUGCCUCUCCCUUCUGACUUCACACACAUUCUCCCAGCUCACACACCAACCCACACACAAACCGACCAGGGCAUUAUUGAAAGGUGUCAGUGUGGGAGAGAGAAUAAAGACUGAUUUAACACUGAAAAUAUCACCUGACAUCAAAUCUGUGUGAGACACCCCUAGACAAAGGCUCAACGGAGAAUAGGGAGAGGAAGGUGGAGGAGGUAGCCUAGCAGCAGGUAGCCUAGCAGCAGGUAGCCUAGCGGUUAAGAGCGUUGGGCCAGUAACCGAAAGGUUGCUGGUUCGAUUCUCCGAGCCGACUAGGUGAAAAAUCUGUCGAUGUGCCCUUGAGCAAGGCACUUAACCCUAAUUGCUCCUGUAAGUCGCUCUGGAUAAGAGCGUCUGCUAAAUGACAACAAUGUAAAAUGAAACAAAGGUGGUUAUGGCGGGGAGAGCGAGAGAGAGGGUGGGGAGUCAGUCCCACCUGCCUGCCCCUGAGGAGAGCCACAGGCCUGACUGAGAAGAAUAAAAGGCCAUCCUGCCCCUAAUGACUCUGGUAAUGCAGUGAGUCACACAAAAAUUAGGCAGUGAUAAGAGCACCAGGCCCCUCAUCCCCUAGCCUUGACCCACAUGGACACGGACACAUGCACACACCUCUAUCCUCUAGGCCCCUGUCACCCACUCACUCUCUGCUCUCCUCCACCCACACCAUCCAUCCUCCACCCACACCCUCCACCCACAUCCUCCACCCUCCUCCUCCACCCACCCACACCCUCCUCCACCCACCCACACCAUCCAUCUUCCACCCACACCAUCCAUCCUCCACCCUCCUCCUCCACCCACACCCUCCUCCACCCACCCACACCAUCCAUCUUCCACUCACACCAUCCAUCCUCCACCCUCCUCCUCCACCCACACCAUCAACUUAUCCACUUCACCUCCUCCAAAUGUCCUGUCCUGCUCCCGGGAUGGUUUUGUCAGAUGUGAUACAUUCGUCACCAGAGUAAUUGGUUUUGUAAUUAAAUGUUUCUGGUUGGUUGAUCAGAAAGGGCAUACUCUCAUAAUUAGGUGGGAAAUUCAAUAUCCUAAUUUUUUGCCUUUUCUCCUCCUGGUGGACCUUAAAGGAUACAUUUUAUUGUCCAGCUGAUUGGACAAUCUUUCUCGCCCUCUAUUUCUUUCUCCCUCCCUUUCUCCCAACCCUGGAGACUGUCUCAGUUGUAUUCAGCCCAGACUCAAAAACAGAGAGAGAGAGAGAGAGAGAGAGAGAGAGAGAGAGAGACUCCCCGGCUGGGGCUGGCUCAAUGCCAAGCACAAGGGCAAGGCCAGUCAGUAUGCAAACAAAGAAAUUCCAUAUAGACUUUUUUAAAGAGCUGUUUUGCAUUGUUAUGUGCAGCACUUAGUGAGAUUGUUUGAUCAAUAUGUUGUUGAUACCCACUCUCAGAGGGGGUCUACAUUUCAGUCAUCUAUACCAGACAAGAACAGUCUCACCAUGAUAUGGUUUCACAGCUUAUUGUAUGUGUAUUAUAUAGUAUCUCUGCAGAUGCCCUAUAUACAGCAACUCUCCGGAUGCCCAAAACAACCUUGGAAUGGUGAACAUGUUUCUGAGUUCUUAGCAGGCCACAUACUGCAGUAAUUUGGGUUGUUCUGGUCAAGAAUAGACCGCAGUGUACUCGACAGAGAGCUGACCCUGCAAUCUCCAGGUCACCCGUCAGGUGUCCUAACCACUACUGCCACAAAGCUGUCUUCAUUAGUCUCUGGAUCUCUCCCUCCUCCUCCUCCUCCUCCUCUUCUUCUUCAGGGGAGAUGUUGAUGCUGGCCUGUAGUGUAUUCACUCAGGAUUAGCAUCAAACAGUCUCUGCGAGAGACAAGACAAGCUCGGGAGGGGAUGCGGAUUAGUACUAGCAUGCUGAGUAAGAGAGGAUGCGGGCAGGAAGUGCUUUUGUACUGGCAAAUUUGUGCUAAUUUAGCACUGCUGUUAAUUUGUCCUCCGCAUUCACCCCCCGCCCGCUCGUGCCCCAGUCACUCUGCCUUACGUCAAAGUCUGAGUCAGACUGUUGCUUGAAAUGACAGACCUGCUGCUGAUGAUCAGAGUCAAGCGUGGCUCACCCAAGGAGAGGGAGGUGACAGGAAAGCAAAGAGGAGGAGAGGAGGAGAGGAGAGUAGCCUGCUGGAGUGUGGGAAGAGUUCUGGCUCUGGAGAACUUGGCAAAGACACCUCUGUUCUGCCUCAUCUCAGCAGUGAUGGACUCAAUCGAGCAUGCUACGGAAACAUGUAAGGUUUUAGUGAGAAGCUGUUUGCUAAAUAUUACCAUGUGAUGGGGCAGCGUAGCUGGUGUGUGUCGUUUGAGCCUGGCUAAACUCGGCUGUGCUAAUUAGCUCAUCCUCAGUUUAGUAAAAACAUCAUGGUCCGAGGAAGUCGGUUUCUUUUAGUGGAGUUCCUUGACUAACAUACUGUAGGUUUACAGUAAGGGGAGCCACCCUGGUGAAUUGUGCAAUCAGUUUCAACAUCAGGAGGAUUAGAUCAAUGGAAACCAGAUGCACUAGUCUAGGUGGAGGAAGUCUUCAUUAGUAAUGCUCUCUGACUGCGGUAGGUUGUUGUGAGCAGAUGUGUUGUGGUAACAGAGGUUGUUGUUCCUCUGAGUGAGGUCUGGGUCUGUCUGAGACUGACUGAGGGAUGGGCUAGAGGCUGGGAAUUAGCAGGGAGAGGAAUGUUCAGGUCUGCAGUAGACAGAAACCUCAGUGUGUAUAGUCCCACACACACACACACAAACACACACACACACAGAUACACACACAGACACACACACACACACACACACACACACACACACACAGACACACACAGACACACACAAUACCACAAAUACCAACAUGUUUAUGUUUGUAUUCAUAUGUGCGGCACACUGCGUAACUCAUCCUGGCUGCUCUGUAAUAAUAAUGUAGGGUGUAACACAAACAGUGAGAAGUGGAGCUGCGAUCAUCUGGAUGUGGGUCACAUGAAAGAACUGCCAGCCAGCACAGGUGGUGCUUUGUCUGGAGUGUACCCAGGGAGAGGAAAGGGUGAGAGGGGAGAGAGGAGGGAAACAGGGGGAAGGAGAGACGAGGCUGUGUGGUUUAAAACAGUAGACAAAUCAAAUCUGUAUAUGGAGGCAGAUUGUAAAAGAAAAAAGAAUAAAAGUCAAGCGAAUAAAGCGAUACACCAUGGCUCACGAUGAUGCAAGAGAUGAGAGGCUUCCAAACAGUAUAAAUCCCUGUUGUUUAAACUGCAGACAUCCUGUAUUUCAAUUUACACUGCAGGUCCAUGCCAAAAGCCCACACUUCAUGUGAUGGUAUUUAUUGUACAAUCUUAACUGAGAUUUUGGCGCUGUGUCUCGAUCUGUCAUUAAGCAUCUAGUGUGUUACAUCUGGCUUUAUGCUUUUAGCCUAUAGACCGCAGACCCACUGAAAAACAAACAUGCAAAUCACACUGAUAUGAACACUGAAUCUGUGCAGUGACACACACACACACGCAUACACGCACGCACACACACACACACACACACACACACACACAUAUACACACACACACACACACACACACACACACACACACACACACACACACACACACAUGAUUUAGUAUGCAGUGAGUAGUGGCUCCCUGUCUAGUACCACAGCGGUGUGAGGAAUUCUAACCUCACCUCACUCUACACACGUUGCCGCCCCCCGCCACCCCUGCUCGGCCGCUCUGCUCCACCGUGGAUAAGAUGCUGUCUGGAAUAACACUCACCCCAUAGCCCUCCCCCUCCUCCUCCCAUCCCCACUCCCUCCAAUGACAUCAGUGGCUCUGCUCAGUGAGUGGACCCCCGUGGUGGAGGGGCUGAGGCGCCAGGCACAGGGCCAGGAGCUGGAGCUGGAGCCACGCUGACUGGGACAGGAGAGGGGAGGGAGGGGGGUACAGGCCACUAGGGAUUUACAUGUACAGGGAUACAACUCACUGCAUAGACACACACUCACACAUAUUACAGAAAUAAAAUGUUGAACUAUAAAUUUUUUACAUUUGACAUUUUAGUCAUUUAGCAGACGCUCUUAUCCAGAGCGACUUACAUAUUGGAUCUGCUGGUGAUUGCUGUGCUGCUUAUUAACAUGGUAAUAAGGGUUGUACCACCGCAGUGAAGCGAGUGGUGGUUGAAAGCCUAAGGUUAGCUGGGAUUUCCAUCUGUCAUUCAAUGGCUGGUGUGAGCCAAUCGAAAGUCUUUGAAGCUACAGGCGGGCAGACAGGUAGCCUCUGUAGGCCUGAAUAAUGAGGUGAUUGACAGUGUUAAUGAUAUGAUAAUUCCUCCCAUCAUGCAUUUAGAAGCCUCAUUUCACCUAGCAGUAGGAUAAUAAGUCACAGACUAUCCAUUCUGAUUUCGACCCCCUCAUUUCUCCCUCUCUGUCUCUUAUCAGGACGAGUGUCGGAACUUCAUGAAGGUUUUGUUGAGUCGACAAGGAGGUCUGUUUGUCUGUGGGACCAACGCCUUCAAUCCGCUGUGUGCCAACUAUACUGUGAGUACCUAUAGAACACACGCAUUCUGUCUGACUCAAACAGCAGUCAUUACUGCUUCGGGAAGCUGAGCACAUCUCUACCUGUCAGCAGUCCAGCCAUGCAUCAGGCCUAGUGAUUGGGGCGUCAUUGAUAAAUGGACUAUUCCUUUUUCCUGGAACCUAGCAUGUUGCUUACUUACAAAUGUACAACUUGUUUUCUGUCAUUUUUUCCGUAUCUAAGGCAGAGAGAGAGAGGCCCUUAGAGCGGCUAGAUAUGAGUAGCUAUUGCACCACGCUUAAACUUGUAUGUGGCGCUUGUUAUUGUAGAGUGGCAGAGACAGAUGGUCAUAGUGCAGAGCCGAAGGGCUGGGAGAGGGGCAGCUGGAACUACGGAGGAGGCUGUGCUUAUGAUGUGUCUGGGUGGUUCGUUUCUUUGCCUCUGGUGAAACCCAGGCAGACAGGUAGAAGGAAAACGCUAAGUGGUUGCACUGCUCAUGUACCUGAUGAAAGAGCACACCUCGGACUAAUGAGUUGAAAAAGCUCAGCAAAAUGUGUGCAUUAAUAUUAAUGAUUUGCUCAGUUGAUUUCUGAACAUUCCUCCAGAAUACUGUAUCUAUAAGCGGAGUAAAUGAGGGAGGGAGGGAGGGAGGAAGGAAGGAAGGAAGGAAGGAAGGAAGGAAGGAAGGAAGGAAGGAAGGAAGGAAGGAAGGAAGGAAGGAAGGAAGGAAGGAAGGAAGGAAGGAAGGAAGGAAGGAAGGAAGGAAGGAAGGAAGGAAGGAAGGAAGGAAGGAAGGAGACGGGGGCAUCCAGUUUAAGUGUCAAAGGCUUUCAGGGAAGUGUUAUAUUCCGUCUGUCACAUCUCCAACAUACCAGCACACUGACUCCCUCUAUACCUGGCCCAUUAUCUUUGGCUGUUAAUGAGCAGUGAAACCUGUGUAGGGAUGACAUGCUCAGGGCUUCUUCUGGGACUAGUUAGCAAACCUAGGGUUUAUUUAUAGCUGGUUUUAAUGACAACCACAGCAUUUCAUUUAUUUAAUUCAUUUUCAAUCGUCUGUGUAACUUUGAUUUCGCCUGUGGUUGUUUAGCUGUAUGCAUUUCAAAAGGUUGCGUUUCUGUGUAUUUGUGCCUGUCAGGGGGUGUAUGUGUUUCUGUUGUUGUUUCUGUUGUUGUUGUUGUUGUUGUUGUCUUCACUAUUUGCACGAUUGCAGAGGGAGAAUAAUAAUGUUGUGAAUAUGUUAUAAUAUAUGCUAAUUGCCAUACUCUAUCUGCAUGUAUGUCAAAUCAAAUCAAAUGUUAUUUGUCACAUGCGCCGAGUACAAUGGGUGUAGACUUCACCGUGAAAUGCUUGCUUACUUGCACUUCCCAACGACGCAGAGUUAAAAAAUAUGUGAGGGUGAACUUCACUCUUUGUUUCCCAGCAACACUAUAUAGUGUACUGUGUGUGUGUGUGUGUGUGUGUGUGUGUGUUCCAGGGAGACACUCUGGAGAUGGUGGGAGAGACAGUCAGUGGGAUGGCCCGCUGCCCCUAUGACCCUAAACACGCCAACGUGGCUCUGUUUGCAGGUGAGGAAAAAACACUAUCAUUGUGUAGCAUAAGUAGUUUCCCAUCAUCACAUCAACUAUGGCAGUGGCUGAAACAAUAGGAAGCCUUUAUUCAGUUGUUAAUUUGAGCCGGAUCCUGUUUUGGACUGGCAUGAAAAAUAAUAAUAAAAGCCAUCAAAGUUUCAGUUGCCUCUUCGUUAAUUCUCCUGUCCCCCACAAAAAAACCAAAUGUGAAAACGUAGAUUUUCUGCCCGGGCCUAAUAUUCUAAGAGUUGAUUUGGGUUGGGCAACAUUGUAACUAACCUAUGUUUGAGACCAACGCUUGGCGUUGGCUAUGUGAGAAGCGCAUCAUUAUGUCUCACAUAACUAGAAUGAGAUUCACUUUCUAUGAUCUCACUCCCUAUCUCUACUCUGAUAGACAUGAGCCUGCAACUCUCAUCUCUCCAGCAUUGCACUUCAUCAUUUAUUUCCUUAUAGAAUCAUAGCCACGCAAAGUGUUAUGAAUGAACUGCAGGACCCCUGAUACAUGUAAAUACAUUACAUUUGCCAAAGUUUUAGAAUUACUGCUGUCUGUUCAGAAAUAAAUGAAAUAAUUCAGAAUAGCCUACUACACCUCGAGAAGGCCUAUAAUUUAGCGACAGAGGAUCAAUAGCUGUGGAUUGUAGGCCAAUAACAAGGAAUAGCCUACAGUUGGGAACGCCCAGCAAAUCUGUCAGAGAAACAACAGCACCCAGACAAAACAGGCCUUUCACAAUAUUUCAAAUACAAUCGAGGGAAAACACUGGUUGGAAAGCAAAUGGCUCCUGCUGAAAAGAGAAGACUCUAUGCUGUAAACUACCAAAAUAUUUGAUAAACUUCCAAAUAUUGUUUUACAAAAGAGAGAGAGAGAUAGGCUUUUGGCACGAGCACGUCGGCCAUCACCAGCAAGUGAGCUGCGCAUCAUUGGGUGAGUCAGUAAAACUGGAAAGUAUUUUUAGGACUAUAAUUUCCUCCUCAUAUUGUAGCCUAUAAUAUGUCUCCACACACCUAGGCCUAGGCUAUUGAUGGAUUCAAAACAAGGUCGUUUUUAUUGAUCUCAGAUUAUCAAUUUGUCAGUGCCAAAGUAGCCUGCCAUUUCGAUCAUUUGUGCGGUAUUAAAAAAAAUUCUGCCAAAGUCUUCAGUCAUGUAAAAUUAUGUAGAAUUGCAUGAAAUGCGUUUAUAAAAGGCCAACAUUUUCUCGGACCCUAGAAUACUAAAACAUUUCCCCAUGUGUGCAACUUCAAUAAGUGCCUCUACUCUGCUGCUCUAUGCCACUAUGCAAAUGCGAUGAUAUGCAUGCAAUGCUUUAUUAUAAAGGUUUUAUUUUUUUUCUCAUGCGUUCCACUACCUCAGAACUCCCCAGGUCACCCCACUCUCGCACGUACUUUUUGUUCCGGCACCUCCCGAUUUACAAAUUAAACACUGCCUUUAUUGCACAUUACUGGGCAGUAGAAAUAGACUGAUUUGUCCACUCUGCACUAGAAGCUCUGUUGCACCACUGCAAUUAUUUCAUCUAAUUAUACAUUGUUAAUUGGUCAACAGUCAUAUGCAUUGAUUAGUGUACUGUACUGUCAUUAUAUGAACCAUCCUCUGCAAUUUCUUUAUAGGUUGUGAGAUGAGCUGUAAUUGUCUCGAUGUCCCAUUCUCACUGAUCCGGUGUGUGUUUUUGCCAGAGGGGAAUCUGUUUACGGCCACUGUGACGGACUUCCUGGCGAUAGACGCUGUGAUCUACCGUAGCCUGGGGGACAGUCCUGCACUUCGCACUGUCAAACACGACUCCAAAUGGUUCAGAGGUACGUUUGUGUGUAUUUGUUAAUGUGUGUGUGCAAUUGUGUGUGUGUGUAUGUGUGUCUGUGGGUGCAUGUGUGUGUCUGUGUAUGUAUUGUAUUUGUGCGUGUGUUGUCUCUGUUGUUGUUGUUUAAAGACAAUGUGUUUAUGUCCACAUCACUUAGUAUCAGGAUCAAUAUCUGUGUCAGAUUCACUGCGUGAGCCUUGGUCAGCAGCAUCCCUGCUGAGGUCAGAGGAACCAGGGCUCAGGUCUGCUCUGUGCCUGUGGGCUAUGCUUGAUGGUGUUCAGUAGGCAUGACACAAUAACAUGUUUUGAAACUGACAAUGAAAAGGAGCCACCUAGCUGAUACCUCUAUUUCCAACCUUUUCUCCAACUUUGUGCAUACUAAACACAACCCUGGUGUUUGUGGCUGGGAUCUAGGGAGGCAUCCGAUUCAGUCUCUUACAGUAGCUAUCCCUGUGUAACACAGCCCUCUCCCCUCCUUUUCCAGAGCCCUAUUUUGUCAGUUCAGUAGAAUGGGGUCCUCACAUCUACUUUUUCUUCAGAGAGAUGGCCGUGGAGUUUAACUACCUGGAGAAGGUACGAGACAAACUGGUAAAGCUUUGAACACGCCCCUGUGUGUCGUGUGUCUGCCUGCCUGGAUGUUCCAUCUCAUGUAAUUAUUCAAAUGUCAAUACCGGCCUAGUACUUCUGAUGACCUUUUUCCAUUUAUCUUUGUGUCUGUGUUUCUGUGUAUCUGUGCUGUUGCAUAUCUAAUAUAAUAACAGUGGACUAUGCAAACAACGUUGCGUCUGAAUUAGACGGGGAAAAGCGUUUUCAUAACAGCUCCAAAUGGCAUCAGUCAAAUCAGAUUUGUGAUACGUGCUCAUGAAAAAAUAGGACAGUAACAAGAAGCCUUUUUAUCUUAUAAAUUAGUAAUUCAUAUUUGGUGGAAAUGUGCUGGCGCAGGCAUUUCAUGCUGCAUGUUUAUAGGGCUCUCAGUAAGUGGAGACUUACACUGUACCACAGUUGUGUGGGUUGAGAUUGUUCAAAGAAGCCAUUUGAAAUGCACUGACAUAUCCAUGAAUAAUACAUAUUAAUUCACAAAUGUGGUCGUACGCUUUGCAAAUACUUAAAAAUUAUAUGAUUAAAAAUCACCCAAGAGCUAAAAAGGGUUUCAACUUCGUUUUGGAAGAAUGUUUAUUGUGGUAUAAAACUGAAUAUAUUUUCAGUUCUGACUUAAAUCUAUCAAUCUUUAUUAAACCUUACUCAUGAAUAUGAGCCCAUGAAUAUAUCAACCACUAAAUCUAAUGUGUGAAAUAUGUGUGCUUCAAGCUGUCCCAGCACGGAAAGCUCUGUACAUGGUCAUUGAUGUGUAGUAUGGUGCGAGGUCAUUGACUGUUCUGUCUGUUCCACGUGCUUGCGUGCAUGUGUGUUCAGGUACAGGUGUCUCGGGUGGCGCGGGUGUGUAAGGCGGACCUGGGUGGCUCUCAGAGGGUGUUGGAGAAGCAGUGGACGUCGUUCCUGAAAGCCAGACUGAACUGCUCCGUCCCUGGAGACUCCCACUUCUACUUCAACCUACUCCAUUCCACCAGCCCUGUCAUCAGCAUGCACGGCAGGGACAUCAUCCUGGGAGUCUUCUCCACCCCUGCUAACAGGUACACACAGACACACAGACAGACAGACAAACAAACAGGCAGACACAGACAGACACAGACAGUCAGACAGACAGACAGACAGACAGACAGGCAGGCAGGCAGGCAGGCAGGCAGGCAGGCAGGCAGGCAGGCAGGCAGGCAGGCAGGCAGGCAGGCAGGCAGGCAGGCAGGCAGGCAGGCAGGCAGGCAGGCAGGCAGACAGACAGACAGACAGACAGACAGACAGACAGACAGACAGACAGACAGACAGACAGACAGACAGACAGACAGACAGACAGGCAGACAGACAGACAGACAGACAGACAGACAGACAGGCAGGCAGGCAGGCAGGCAGGCAGGCAGGCAGGCAGGCAGGCAGGGAGGGAGGGAGGUCCCUGAAAAGAGGGCUAUGGUCAGGGCUUAUGUGGGAAGAUACAGUUCUGGAUUAGGCACAUUUAUUUGCCACAAGCAUUUGCUUUUAGAGAGGCAAAACAUUCUGUUAAAGGAUUGGAGUGAUGAAAUGGAAGAAAAAGGUUGUUAUUUUGAAGAGAUUGGAGUGAUGCAAUAGUACGAGAAGGAACGAGGGAUGCUCUUGGUAAUAGAAGGAUUAGAUGAGGCUAAAGAUGUUUGCAGAGAAAGCAUGAGAGAGCAUAAUAAACAGACUGAACAAUGCAAGGGAGGAGAGGAAAGGUCCCCUGAGCUGCAUUGUGUGUGUGUGUGUGUGUGUGUGCCUCCUGUGUUAUAUACCGUAUAUAAUGCAGAAGUGUUGGGCUAUCACCUGAGAGAUGAGAGUGCUGUGUAUACAGAGCAGACUCUAAUAGGCAAUCGAUGCAGGUCUCCCAAGUAGAGGAGCCAGCAGGAUGUACAUCAGUAGAGGGCAAAUCUCAACUAAUGCUAGCUCUAAUAACAUCCUCUACUCAUAAUGGCUGCUGUUGUGGCAGCCAGGAGAGAAAGAGAGGGAGGAGAGAGAAAAGAGAGGAAGGGGGAGUGAAGAGAGAGUGGAGGAAGACCCUCUCAAACCCUUUCAAGGACAAGGAAGUCAAUAAUGGGGCACAUCUGCAGCUCUCCUGCCCGCCACCAUUUAAGAGUUAAAACGGUUUCAUCAGCUGCAUCUUAUCUUUUGGCCGGAGGGCUAAGAGGGCUGGGAGAUGGAUGGGAGCGGUGUGCCUGCAGAGAGAGAUGGAUGGUUUACAGGGCCAACAAUGACUCCCAGAUAACAUUGUGACCAGCAUGUCAGGGAGAGGCCCAGCUGAACACACACUAACACACACUACCCGCCUGGGCACCGCUCCGCCGCUGUGCUCCAUUAUAAACAGCUGGAGGCAGAGAGAGAGAGACAGAGAGACAGAGAGGAAAAGGUUUAAGAGAGAGAGGGGGAAGAGAGAGACAGAGAGGUACGCCAUAAACCUCCCCAACCAUGUGUGGUCCUCUGCACCGUACUUUUAAAGCUCUUACCAGACAAAUUGCAUGUGGUGGGAACAGCAGGGAAGAGGAUUUGGUAAAUCUGGAGUGGCCAUUUUGAGAUACUGUAUCAUCACCCGCGUGUGCACAUGUGCUACUAGGGUGGGAAUUGUGGAAAAGGAGCUCUGGUUUAAGAGUUUCCCACCAGCUUCCCUUAAUGUUUGCUUGUUAUUCUUCAGGUGUUCAUGCCUACAAACCCACAAUAGAGUUUACAGCCCCAUGAAACAGCCCACAGCUGCUGAGGCCUCUAUCUCCAAUUCUGGUCUAUGAUGUCAGCGUUAGCUAGCUUAGCAACACAAACGCCAAACCCUCCUGGGUUUCCAGUUCUUCAGCGUGUCCACUUCUCCUGCCCCUGCUCCUUCCUGUCUGAGGGGAUGAAAGGGAGGCUUGGGUUUCCUCUGAGCACCUGAUCCUCCUCACAGCACAGGCCAACCAAACCCCCUGGAGCUGCAGGAGGUAAGGGAGCUAGAGGAGCAGUGGAAGCUAUAAUAUGAGAGAGCCUCUGAGCCUGCAGGUGAAAGGGAGGGGUGCUUUUUAUAGCAGCAGGAUAGAGAGACAAUUUGAGAAGAUAACAUGGAGGUCAGACAAGUCCGGCUAGGCUAGGAAUGGGCUUCGUUGUACUAGAUUUGCCCUGACCGGAUGGUGCCUGGGCCUCGGCUGGAGAAGUUCAGGGCUCUGGGGUGAGUUAGUUAGAGUGAGUUAGUUAAAGCAUACGGCUCUCUUGGGAGCCAGCCUCAGAGGAGCCAUCAAGAAGACAUGGUGUCAGAAGGAGGCGUCUGCAGUUGACAGGGGAGCUGUGAGGCUAUGACACCAGGGAGACAUGGCGGGAGUCACAGCUGGAUAUGUCCCCCGGGCCCUGGGUUGAGGCAGGAGGAGAAUACACACUGGGGCCUUACCAGGUGGAGAGGAAACAGAUGAGAGAAGUAAAGUAAGAGAAAGCAGAAAGACAUUUACAUUACAUUUACGUCAUUUAGCAGACGCUCUUAUCCAGAGUGCAUACAUUAUUUUUUUUAUUUUUUUUUCAUACUGGCCCCCCGUGGGAAUCAAACCCACAACCCUGGCGUUGCAAAAGCCAUGCUCUACCAACUGAGCUACAUCCCUGCCGGCCAUUCCCUCCCCUACCCUGGACGACGCUGGGCCAAUUGUGCGCCGCCCGACAGAGACAUGGACAGAAAUGACAAAGAGUUUGAUUGUGUGCAGAGAGUGGAGAAAGAGAUGGGGAGAGAGGUGGAAAGAGAGAUUAAGCCCCAGGUGGAGAGAGAAGAGAGAGCGAAGCCGUAACAAAACAUCCUCUCACCUCACCUUGAGCCUAGCCCUAGACUGAAGAACUCAUUCCAACCCACUAGCUUCCAUCAGCAGUCAUGCUGUCACUUGAGCUGGACUAUAGAGAGCUGUCAGUCUGCUGGUAAACUGUGAGGAUGUGGUCUGACCACUCCAACAACCACCUACAGCACAGAGCUCAGCCUGUACUGCCUGUCAGUCAACCACCAGCUCCACACAGACAGAAAUAGAAAAAGCAUAGUAUAAACAGAGAGACAAUUUGAAUUACCUUUAGUGGCACAAUGAAGACAAACUAAUGCCAUGUCAUGAGCAAAUAUUUGAGCAAAUGAGCAAUGAGAGAAUGAGAAAGAAAUCAGAAGAGAAGAGAAACAGAGGAUGAAAGAGCAGAGAUGAAGGAGUGAGAGGGAACAAUGAGAACAAUAAAAAGCAGAGAGGACAGAGAAAUAAAACGGAAGAAAAAAGAAGAAGAAGAAGAAGAAGAAGAAGAAUAGAGCUGGAGGCAGGGUAGGCUGUCAGACAGGAACUCACAGAGCCACUGACCUGCAGAGAGAACAUAUAUCGGCAGAGAGAAGAGAGAGUGGAGGGCACGCAGUGACCAGUGUACCGCUGGCAGCAGUGUCACAUGCCAACAUCUGGUGCCUCCUGUGAGAGGCCUAUAGUCAGCCUGGAGCUCUGCUACAGCACACUGGCAUGGGGCGCAUUCAUAUUCCCCAUACAAUGUAUGAAUAGCAAGUGAGUGGGAGAUAGGUUGACCUGGUCAAAUGCUGUAUCAGGUUAGCAUGGCACCCUGCUGGAAAAAGCCAAUGGUUACUCAGCAGAGAGAAGCAAAACUCUGACAGUUUACUCAGAGAAUCCCUGGAAAUCAACUCUACUGGCAGGCCUAGGAGCACAAGGGCAGCGCAGGGAGAGACCCCAUAAGCUCCUCUGUCGGUGUGUGUCACUACUUGACCCUAACACUGGAGUGUUGGUGUGAGUAAAAGUCUCACUCCCUUUCUCUCUACUGCUUUUAAGCUCUCUCUCUCUCUCUCUCUCUCUCUCUCUCUCUCUCUCUCUCUCUCUCUCUCUCUCUCUCUCUCUCUCUCUCUCUCUCUCUCUCUCUCUCUCUCUCUCUCUCUCGCUCUCUCUCUCUCUCUCUCUAUUUCACCCCCUCUCUCAGGACAUAGUGUCAGAGCUGGGAAAGGGAGAAGGGAGUGGGUGUGAGGUAGCCAGCAGGCACUGAGUCACUCUUUCAGGUUACUUUGUGCUGUACAAUAGAAGUACUAAGUCACUCAACAGACUCACACGUCGUCUUAGCAGAAACAGGAGGUCUCAAAAGGAAGAGAAGGUCUCUGAGCAGGAGACAAGAGUGAAAGAGAGAUGCUCAUAUUCAGCCCCUGUUGUCCUGACAUGGCUCUCUCGCUCUCUCUCUCUCUCUGUCUCUCUCCACUAACUACUACACUCUAGUCCACACUAACAGCACUGUCGUGUUUGGUUCAGUCAAGUGUGGGGACUUAGCUUUUUUUCACAGCAGAUGUUCCAUUCUGGGUCAGUGAGAUCAAGAGCAGUUUAGCAGCAGCCAAGGUGUGCAGGCAUUUUACUUGUACAUGCCUUAUGGACUCUAUAGUAUUGUCUUCUGAGUAUUUCCUCUUUCGUUGACUACUAAUUUCCUGUAGAACUAUAUUCACGAAUUCUAAUUCAAAACGUACACUGAGUAUACAAAACAUUAAGAACACCUGCUCUUUACAUGACAUAGACUGACCAGGUGAAUCCAGGUGAAAGUUAUGAUCCCUUAUUGAUGUAACUUGUUAAAUCCACUUCCAUCAGUGUAGAUGAAGGGGAGGAGACAGGUAAAAGACGGGUUUUUAAGCCUUGAGACAAUUGAGACAUGGAUUGUUUAUGUAUGCCAUUCAGAGGGUGAAUGGGCAAGACAAACGAUUUAAGUGCCUUUGGACGGGGUAUGGUAGUAGGUGCCAGGCACAUCAGUUUGAGCGACACCUUAUAGAGUCCAUCCCCGGCGAAUUGAGGCGGUUCUGAGGGAAAGGGGGGGGGGGGGGGGGGGUGCAACUCAAUAUUAGGAAGGUGUUCAUCUUUAUUCGUCCAGUUGGCUAUCUAUCUAUCUAUCUAUCUAUCUAUCUAUCUAUCUAUCUAUCUAUCUAUCUAUCUAUCUGUCUAUCUAUCUGUCUGUCUGUCUGUCUGUCUGUCUGUCUGUCUGUCUGUCUGUCUGUCUGUCUGUCUGUCUGUCUGUCUGUCUGUCUGUCUGUCUGUCUGUCUGUCUGUCUGUCUGUCUGUCUGUCUGUCUGUCUGUCUGUCUGUCUGUCCGUCCGUCCGUCCGUCCGUCCGUCCGUCCGUCCGUCCGUCCGUCCGUCCGUCCGUCCGUCCGUCCGUCCGUCCGUCCGUCCGUCCGUCCGUCCGUCCGUCCGUCCGUCCGUCCGUCCGUCCGUCCGUGUGUGUCUGUCUGUCUGUCUGUCUAUCUAUCCCUGCCUUAUCCAUUGUAUCUGGUUCUCUCUCUGUAGUAUCCCUGGUUCAGCUGUGUGUGCCUUCGACAUGGAGCAGCUGGCUGGGGUGUUUGAUGGGAGAUUCAAGGAGCAAAAGUCACCUGAGUCUAUAUGGACCCCUGUUCCUGACGAGCUCAUUCCCAAACCAAGGUACAGUAUCACCUAACAUAGAGCAUUGAUCUACUGUAUGAGUUUAGUCGUGUAAUACUAUGUUAGUUGGCUUAUAGCUCCUUUCUCACAGUUCAACAUUGGUAAACAUUGGUAAUGUGAGCUUGUGCCUCAGUACUAUGGUACUAUUGCCAGCAGCAUACCACCCUGCAUCGCACUGCUAGCUUGCAGGGUUGGUCCUUGGAUGGGAGAACAGAUGCUGCUGGAAGUGGUGUUGGAGGGCCAGUAGGAGACACUCUUUCCUCUGGUCUAAAAAAAAUAUGCCCCAGGGCAGUGAUUGGGGACAUUGCCCUGUGUAUGGUGCCAUCUUUUGGCUGGGAGGUUAAACGGGUGUCCUGACUCUCUGUGGUCACCAAAUAUCCCAUGGCACUUAUUAUAAGAGUAGGGGUGUUAACCCUGGUGUCCUUGCUACAUUUCCAAUCUGUCCCUCCUACCAUUUUAUUUUUAUUUAAUUUAUUUAACCUUUAUUUAACCAGGUAAGCCAGUUGAGAACAAGUUCUCAUUUACAACUGCGACCUGGCCAAGAUAAACCAAAGCAGUGCGAUAAAAACAACAACACAGAGUUACAUAUGGGGUAAAAAAACAUAAAGUCAAAAAAUACAACAGAAAAUAUAUAUACAGUGUGUGCAAAUGUAGCAAGUUAUGGAGGUAAGGCAAUAAAUAGGCUAUAGUGCGAAAUAAUUACAAUUAGUAUUAACACUGGAAUGCUAGAUGUGCAAGAGAUUAUGUGCAAAUAGAGAUACUGGGGUGCAAAAGAGCAAAAUAAAUAACAAUAUAGGGAUGAGGUAGUUGGGUGGGCUAAUUUCAGAUGGGCUGUGUACAGGUGCAGUGAUCGGUAAGGUGCUCUGACAACUGAUGCUUAAAGUUAGUGAGGGAGAUAAGAGUCUCCAGCUUCAGAGAUUUUUGCAAUUCGUUCCAGUCAAUGGCAGCAGAGAACUGGAAGGAAUGGCGGCCAAAGGAGGUGUUGGCUUUGGGAAUGACCAGUGAGAUAUACCUCCUGGAGCGCAGACUACGGGUGGGUGCUGCUAUCGUGACCAAUGAGCUAAGAUAAGGCGGGGAUUUGCCUAGCAGUGAUUUAUAGAUGGCCUGGAGCCAGUGGGUUUGACGACGAACAUGUAGUGAGGACCAGCCAACAAGAGCGUACAGGUCACAGUGGUGGGUAGUGUACCAUCAUGGCCACCUAAUCAUCCCUAACCCUAAUCAUCCAAUUGGCUCAUUCAUCCCCCCUCCUCUCCCCUGUAACUAUUCCCCAGGGCAUUGCUGUAAAAUGAGAAUGUGUUCUCAGUGAACUUGCCUGAUAAAAAUAAAUAAAUACAAAUAUGGGUCAGCCUGUGCUAAGCCCUGUUCCCUCCACAGGCCAGGAGGGUGUGCUGUCCAGGGCUCCAGAUUCAACUCAUCCAAUGGUUUCCCUGAUGAGAUGCUGAACUUUGUGAAGACCCACCCCCUGAUGGAUGAGGCCGUGCCUUCACUGGGUCAGAGGCCCUGGAUCGUCAGAACCAUGGUCAGGUGAGGCUCCACUCUGCUCUCUUAUCACAGACAUCAGAUAAGACAUCAACAUACUGUUCUGUUGCCCUGAGAUAUGUAGACUUCUAUGGUGUCUUACCAUGUCUCAGGGCAAACUGUGUUGAGGGCUUGCUAACAAACAAAAACAUGGACCCAUACACCCAGACAUAAUUUGCAUGAACACACAGGAAUUAGCCUCUUGGUCGGUGCUCCUUCUGUUUAUGCUGGCCAGUCGAUCCGCUCACUGUGAGAGUUUGCUGCAGGAGGCAAGCAGCUGGAAUGUAUCAAACCCCGCUGGCCACCAGCCGAGCCCUAGCACGGAGGAGAAGAUUAGUGUGACAAGUUGUAUGUGGCAUAUUAAAUACCCAGUGGAACAACUUCUUGUAUUUUAGAACAUUGACUCAUACACACAGGACUCAUGUAGUUCAACAACGGUGCUAUUGUCUCAAGACAAGUCCAUUAAUCUGAAUGAUAUUAAUGGGUACUCUUGGUAAUUAGUUCUGUAUGUAAAUUAGAUGAAUAUUUUACUGUGUGAAUCUCAUUUAGUUGGUCUGGAGCGCCAAUGCAGUAUGAUUAGACAGUGAGAGGUAUGCAGGUAGGCCCUAUUCCAAAUUGAGCCCUAGACACUACCCUAAGUAAUUAAUGUACGAUUUGAUGGGAUCAUUUAAGCUUCAUUAAAAUUGUAACAGCAGCUGCCCUAUGCCGUUUGACAGACUAGGUGGAAUUAACCCAAUAUUGCUUACUCCAAUCCUCUCAGGUCCACCCAAGAGCCUAUUGGGUAAUCCGGACUAGGGGUCAACAUGGGUUUGGAUAGACUGUCUUUAUCUCACCACUAUAUCUGCCUGUCCAGGUACCAGCUGAAUAAGAUGGUGAUGGACACAGAGGCUGGCCCCUACAGGAACCGAACAGUGCUCUUCCUGGGCUCCAGCCGGGGAACCAUCCUCAAGUUCCUGAUCGUCCCCAACUGGGACAACACUGUGUCCAGCAGCAAUGUCUUCCUGGAGGAGCUGGAGGGCUUCAACCCUGACAAGUAAGGGUUAACAGGUUACAGACAGUCUCUAAUGGGUUUUUUGGUGCGAUAUUGUGAUCGUCUUCUUAAUAAUCUCUAAGUGUUUCACUGUAACACAUAUGUGGGACCGCAGGGGGGUUAGGAAGCAGUCUAAGCAGAUGGGGUAUUAGUUGGUUAUUAUCUUUCACUGAGCCCAAUUAGAAACGUUUAAGCAAGAGUCUCCUAACCAGAGCUACGGCGGCUGCUAAUUGUGCCCCCUGAUCUAUUCUCUGCUCAGACUCAUUUUACUGUAGUAGGAUACACUGUUGCGGAGCAGCACAAACUUAAUCGGCAGGUGAAAGGAGGUUCCAAGCGUAACUUCGCUACCCUUCAAAACAAUUCAUUCAUUUAGGCGUCAGCGCAAUGUUCCAUUCCACAAAUGACUAAAUGGGGAGCAGAGGAGUCAGAUCACAGGAACAAUUAAUUAAGGCUGCAGCAGUAGCAGUGGUGGUGCCGGUGUAUGAGUGGGUUUGGGUGUGAUUUGCUGUGCGGUGACGGUGGCGUGGCUGUGAGCCUGGUAUAGGGGUGGGUGACAGGGCUGGCAGUCACCCUCAUAGCAGGGAGCCAGCUAAUCAGGAGACAGGGAAUGGAAAAAUCAGAUCAGCAUUUUCCCAGCCUGUCCUUCCUUAACCCCAGACCAUCUCCCCUAAUGGGUCCAGGGUAGAUAGAUGGGCCACCGCCACCAUCACCGGGGCAACGGGAACACAAGACAUCACAGAGAGAGAUCCACCAUGCCCAAAUUGGUUUGUGAUUGGCUGCCAUAAUGAACCAGGAAAUUACGCGGUGGAAAUGGAGAGACUAAUGGUCCACACCUUCAUUAUUCUCUCUACCUGUCUCCAUUUGAUUCUUUCUUACUUUUACUUGUUUGCUUGUUCUCGCUCUCUCUCCGUCUCUCUCUCUCUCUCUCUCUCUCUGUCUCUCUCUCUCUCUCUCUCUCCGUCUCUCUCUCUCUCUCUCUCUCUCUCUCUCUCUCUCUCUCUCUCUCUCUCUCUCUCUCUCUCUCUCUCUCUCUCACUCUCUCUCUCUAUUAAUAAUAAUAAUAAUAAUAAUAAUGAUAAUAAUGUAUUACAUUUCUAUAGAAUCUCAAACCUGUAGUGUGUGAUAAAUUCCCCCUAAUGACUCCUCAGCUCACAGCCAUGUUUAUUACCAUGCAUGAGUCCACAUAUGUAUAUAGAUCGAUACAAAUCCAGCCUACAAAGGAAGGUGUGUGGAUGAUAUGGUAGUGCUAAGUGCCAAUUAGAGCUAAUGCAGGGUGUAGCUGGUGGCUUGUUUGAUGUCCAUCCAACCCUAGACCUCACCCAUCAGUCAUCGGCACACUGCAUACUGAAGAUGACACUGUGACAACCAGGCAUUGCCAUGCUUUAGAAGGCAUGUUACUGCUUUUACUGGUAUUGUUGUGCUUUUAUUUAUAUACUGGUUUGAGUUAUACUGGUUUGAGUUAUACUGGUUUGAGUUAUACUAGUUUGAGUUAUACUUCAUGAAGCAUUAGGUGUGAAGAAUUGAGCAGUGAGUGUUGUCUUGGCAUAAUGUGUAAUGAGAUCAAUAUGGAAUAGAGCAGGGUUCUGUGCAGUCAGUGUGUGAUAUGAUGUUUGAUAUUGGGGUGCAUUAAUACGUUAACUCUGUGUGUGUGUGUGUGUGUGUGUGUGUUUGUGUGUGUGUGUGUGUGUGUGUGUCCAGGUGUGGGGAGGACACUCCUCAGGCGAGGCAGUUGUUGUCCCUGACUAUGGACCGGGUGAGCCACUCUCUGCUGCUGGCCUUCCCCUCCUGUGUAGUCAGGGUCCCUGUGGCACGAUGCCAGCUCUACUCACGCUGCAUGAAGUAAGUCACACACACACCUCACACACACCUUUCAGCUCUACACUCUCAUCUGUAGCCCACACACACCUCUCAGCCACAUACAGUAUAUAUGUCACACACCCUAACCCCCGUCCACCACCGAUCAUUAAAAUCACACCUUUAGUCAGGCCCUAAACCUUCUGCCUACCCUCAGUGCACCUAAAUACUUUACCACAUCCCCAGGUGCUCUUCCACAGAUCUGUAAAUCCAAAAUACCACAACACAAGUCUUACUUUCUUUCUUGCUGACCCACCACUGAGUCGUAUUGCCUUGAUGCCAGCAGUCUCUAUACCUAGUGAGGCAUGACAUACAGUAACCCAUAUUUCACAUUUGUAAUGUGUUCACUGAACCCGGGGACUCAUACGUGUGUAAUCCAGUGCACAUUGGGAAUGGAUCCAUGGUGUCUGUGUGCCCUGGGUGAUGCGUCACUAAAUACAGUGUUUACUCUGUUUAUCUCCAGGAACUGCAUCGCCUCCAGGGACCCCUACUGUGGCUGGACCAGAGGAAGCACCUGCUCCCUCCUCAGGCCCGGGACCAGGUGAGAUGCUAGGGGUGACGCUGCUCUGGCCUCUGUCUGUCUCUAUGUCUGGUCCCUGUCUGCUAUGGACCUGUCCCGUGUCUCGCUGGUACCUUUGUACUCUGUCUUGUUUUUGUCUGGCAUUCAUUUGACCUCUGUUGUACCUAUACCUGCCCUCUGUCUCUCUCUGGUCUCUGUCUGGUAUCUGUCUGGUCUCUGUCUGGUCUCUGUAUGAUCUCUGUCUGGUCUCUGUAUGAUCUCUGUCCGAUCUCUGUCCGGUCUCUGUCUGGUGGUCUCUGUCUAGUCUCUGUCUGGUGUUCUCUGUCUGGUCUCUGUCUGGUCUCUCUCUGGUCUCUGUCUGGUCGUCUCUGUCUGGUCUCUGUCUGGUCUCUGUCUGGUCUCUGUCUGGUCUCUGUCUGUCUGGUCUGUACCUGCUCUCUGUUUCGUCUAUACCUGCUGGACCACCUGGGUUGCUGUAACACUCUUUAUUUGUACUGAGUGAGUUAGGCUUAGGUUCUGACAGAGCCUACAGUUUAUAAGCCUGCAGCACAAGCUGUCACUGCACAAACAUGUCCUCAUUUAGUUUUACUAUCCUGUCAGAGCGAGCUGUGUUCAUUAAUUCAUCCAGGAUGUCUUCUAUUGCCGUUGUGUGUUCACAACAAUGCUGCAUUCUUCAACACAGCUUGAUACCCAGAGCUGUGUGUACGUCUUUGUCAGGGUUGUGUUGGUCUUGUGCUCCUGCCACAGGAAGAUUCCUGCCUGUCUUGGCAGCUCACCUCUUGUUCUGGUCUGUAAACCCUCCCACUCCCUCCCCGCUCCCCCACCACUUCCCCUCGCGUCCACCCAGCACGGUGAAAUAAAAUCUAUCUUUAGAGAGGCUGCUUAUUGAUUUAUGUGUGCAAACAGGUACAGUGCCAGCAGUAUCAGACAACAGAGCCUUAAAGAGCACCUUACGGCCUCACCGUUAUACAAUUAAGACUCCUGUGUUGUGAUUUGAUUUAGCAAGGGCGGUCAACUUGCCCAUCGAUCCUGUAUCGAGUGAUGCCCCAGUUCCAGUUUGAGGAUGAAUUCCAUUUGGAAAAGUCAAAACAAUGCUGGGCAAUGAAGAAACUCUCAGUAGUUUGCAAUAUAAGACUGUGACAUGUACUAUAUUGAAAGAAAGAUAAUUAAGUUCCUUACUGAUUAGUUUAUGUGUUGAUAUUGUAUUAUUACUAUAGGUGUUUUGUACCUGUUUAUCAGACUUCAUAUUGCUCAGUUAUAACUUUACCACUAAUAUGGCCUCCUGUAGACAAUUCGUCCUUAAACUAAUUUACAUUUUCUCCGCUGAGGGUAUUGUUACAAAACAUUGCCAUCCUACCCAGCUACUCUAAAGAUUACAGCCUGCGGCCUGCAUUUACCCAACACAAUAUACCCUAUCAGGGUGAGCAAUAUAUUCACAAUUAGCCUCCAACCACUUCAGUGUAAACUAACUUCUCAAAGUUACUCAGUUAGCCUGCUUGUUGUCUGGGCCUUUUUAACUAAUUGCAGAUGGUAGAGCAGAAGACACAUCUCAGUGAGCUGUCUGUGGCUGUUACUGUGCUGCCUGCCCUUUAGCCCUGGGCACUUUCCAUGUUUAAAUUACAUAAUUGGACGGGGGCCAUUUUGAAGGCCAAACUGCAGCCGUUUCUCCUCGUUAGAGGGCCUUUAUGGUAUACAUUCACUAGAUUAGAAUAACUAGCUGAUGUUUCUCUGGAUAUGGGCCAUGACUAAGAGUGGCCUGCUCUCUCCAGGGGAGUAUAAUGCACCUGGUCUGGUUUCACUGCCGCUGGAACUCAACGGUUUAAUUUCCUUUUUAUUUUGUCGCUUCAGCAUAUAAUGUCAGAGCUCCCUUUGGUUUUCCAAGGUCUCAUAUUACCAAAGUAGAAAUGGUAAAUUAUUUUUAAAGUACGAGGGGAAAGCGCAGAUCCAGACCUGCUUUCAGAGGUGGGGAUAUACUGUACAGUAUUAUUACUAUCAACUCCACACAAAAAACGAUUCUUGUCAUUUGCUGGUACAUUUGAUAGUGUUUUGUUUACCAGAGAAAAGCAGACAUUUCUGUCAGUGACCAAAGCCGUUCCAUUAUGUAUUGUUUGUGUCCGUUGAUAAAUGACUGCGUCUUUCCCCUCUUCCAGACUGCCGUUUGAGCAAGACGUAGAACACGGCAACGUGUCCCACUUGGGCGACUGUGACGGUAAGAGAAGUGUUUCUUUCCGUCCUCUCAACCUGUGUUGAGAAGUAUUAGUGUUGAUUCUGUGUUCCUUACAUAAUUGCUUUCUCUAGGGUAAAACAUAAUACACUACUGCUGCCUAGCUCCAUAUCAUCAUUGCCAUGUUGAAAUCCCCAUGUAUGUUUUACCAUCUUUUCCUCCUCUCUGUUUACUCUAUCUUUUGGCAAUGUUUAGAAUCUUUUACAAUUUUUUUCACUUCUGGCUGAUUAUGAUGCAUCUUUUAUUUAAUUUUUUUUAUUUUACCUUUAUUUAACUACGCAAGUCAGUUAAGAACAAAUUCUUAUUUACAAUGACGGCCUACACUGGCCAAACCCGGACAACGCUGGGCCAAUUGUGCGCUGCCCUAUGGGACUCCCAAUCACGGUCGGUUGUGAUACAGCCUGGAAUCGAACCAGGGGGUCUGAAGUGACGCCUCAAGCACUGAGAUGCAGUACCUAAGACCGCUACGCCACUCGCCUUAAUCUUUCCUAGUUGUUUUCUGUUAUGAAAAUGAAGGCGGCACAGCAAAGCAAAGCGAUCCCUCAGACAGAAAUCUCCUCGACUCCCGUGGCUCUUUUGAUCCAACCGCUAAUUCUGAUGAGACAUUUGUUAAUGCUCCACCUCUUCAAGUUCCCCCGAGUUCAUCUGCCAUGCACCUCGAGAGCCACUCAGAUUAAUAUUACAUAACGGUCACACACGUGCCUCUAAUCCUGCAUCAGAGGGGAAGCUGCUCUCCCACCCCUGGACCCCUCUGGGUCCAGCUCUUUGUCUGUCUACGGGUGCUGGGCCGGUGGCUUGUGACUCUUCCUCUAAGCUUGCUUGACCCUGUGUGGUCAGAAGAGAUAGAGGUGCAUUAUCCUCAGCUCCGGAUGUGGCCAGUAUUCUCCAAUUUGAGCUGUCUUUGAUAACGGUUCUGAUACUGACAUGACAAACGUGUGGCGGUCCUGACUUCUGCUGACAGAGGUGCUGUUGGUUGUCUCAAGAUGAAUGGUGCUCGGUAGCCCUGUGUACACUUGCCAAAAUGGUGCGCAGGAAUCAGCCUAUCAACAGCCAGAAUCAUUAGACACUGUGUCUUAGAUAGUGAUGACUUUGUGCUUCAAUUACCUCCUCCUAUUGAUGCUAAAUCAGUUUUUACAGCACAUAGUUUCCCCAGUGUACAUCACUCACAUGGUCUACACAGAUUUCUGUAUCUCUGUAUCUAUCAAUAGACCAGACAGUCUGAGAAAGACAAAAAGCUGCAAGUAGAAAAGAGACCAGUUAUGACAUUUCAUCAUUCAUAGUGUUACUCUUUGAAACCUGUGAAGUAUCGUCUUCAUUCUCACAUCACUCAAUCACACACACACACACACACACACACACACACACACACACACACACACACACACACACACACACACACACACACACACACACACACACACACACACACACACACACACACACACACACACACACACACACACACACACACACACACACACACACACACACACACUGAAGGCAGGUGUGAGACUACAAAGCUCUGAGGUAGAUUAGACAGAAGGAUAUCAGUCCAUAUCUCUCUAUCUGACACAUCUCACCUGACUGAAUCUCUAGCAGGCAGAUAGAAAAGGGCCUGCUGUGCUCCAUCCAUCUAUCUAUGGGUUAAUGCAGCAUUCAUCACCCUCUCCCUCCCUCCUUCUCUCUCUCCCCGAGUGAGGGAGCGUAACCGGGCUCUGCAGCUCCUCAGUGGUGCCCCCACUGCACACACACAGCGCCGGGCUAGGGCCCACCGAGCCGAAGCCACAGCCAAGCUCCAGCCAGACCCCACUCCCCCCCCCCCCCGUCGGUGGCCCACAGAGGGAGAUGGAUGGACGGCCCUGCUAACAGCCCAUCUUACUGCCUGUCCCUCUCCUUAG